UUUUGGCUGGUAAUCUGAGAGAUGCUUUCGCCUGAGAGCUGUCGUGUAGUGGCUGGAAAGAAUUCUACCAUUUAUACCCGUGGAUCUUCUCUGUCCCCAAAAGUAUCAGAUGUUGUUGCUCUUCACAAAGAACUGAGCGCUAAACUGAGUUAUUACAAGAAAGAAGCAAAGUGUACAGGAACCUUCUCCUCCCCCACUGAUAAUGGGGGUGAACACAAUACUCCAUUGUCUACUCAGCUAUUAAGCACACCUAAUAAGAUCCACUCUGGAGGUAGCUCUAAUAUCAGCACUGGCUCACAGGACAGCAGCAAAGUGCAGUUACCACUGGAUCGCAACACUCCUGUAUCAUCAUUCCUGCUACCAACUGCUCCCCCACCAUCCCCUGGAGACUAUUUGGAAACAAGUGAACUCCCAUUGGAUCCAAGCCAAUUACAUCAACAGCAGUCUCAGCCUCCUCUCCACUCUCAGUUGUUGUUGUGUCCUCAUGUAAUGAAGCCACCACCUAUAAUCGUGACACCAGCUCCUGAAGAUGAAAAGGUUAGCAGUCACGGUAAGGAGUGUUCUUCCGCAUCUGAUAAGCCGGUUAGUAUAGAAGAGGAAGCAGCCAUAUCUAGUUAUCUCCAUAUAUCAGUGAUUGUGAUGUUUUUAUGUCUUUUUGUCAAUCCUUUUGGAGUGAUUUGUGGUAUUGCUGCUUUGUUAUCGUCUUGUCUUUCAAAGCAUUACAACAAACAAGGUCGAUAUAAUUUGGCAAACAGCUACAGUAGGUGUGCCUUCAUCUUAAAUAUCAGUUCAAUUGUAACCGGAAUUGGAAUUAUCUCUAUUGUUAUUCCAGUUGUGGUAGUCGUGGCAACCAAUACCAAUUAACUCCUCAAAAAAAUAAUCAAUCAAUUCACUCAGUCAUUUUAAUAUCAAAUUAUUAUAAACUGAACAGAUUUUAAUCAUAACGUUGUGUAGUGUUAGUAUAUGUAUGUGUGUGUCAGAAAUGAUUCCAAAUUAAUAAAUGUCAAGAAUAACCAUGUAUAACACUAUUAUUGACAGUGGUAACCAUUAAUGUUGAUUCCAUUAGUUACAAUUCACAUUAAA